AUGUUAGAUAAAAAAAAUAUUAAUUUAGAGUUAGAAAUAAAGGUGCUGAAAGCCGAAGAAGAACUUAAAGAAAAGAAACGCGAAAAAGAUAAACUAGAAGAUACAUUAAUUACAGUAAUUAUGACUUUUAUAUUUUGUGCUGGUGCUGGUUUAUUCUUGUUUUUUUCUAAGACUAAGGUUGAAAGUUGGAUAAUUCCUUCUUUUGAGCAAUUAGAAAAAGAAUUGGCUUUGCUGAAAAAGGGCUUAAAAAAGGACUAG